CUUGUGGUGUUGUAACUGCCAGCGAUCAAUCAAAGCAUUGUCGGGUGUGCUGUCUUCAAAUAGUUUAAAGUUGUCUCGAUUUUACCAAACUAUGGCCACCCUUUCUUAAAUUUAAUUUAUCUGUCGGUUUAAACAAAGAUAAAAUCACUUUUCUUAUAUAUUACUUCUACUCCAUUUCUUGUUAAUGGUGAUAUAUUUUUGCUAUAUAUUGUGAUUCAUCGGCGAAUGUCUUCUCAUAGCCAACAUAGUCUGUGACUCUCUCUAUCUUAGUAUCACAAGUCUCGAACCACCCCAGUUCAUAAUUUUCUCAUAUCCAAUGCUUUUCUUACUGAUUUCUUGUUUUUCUUUUAUUUUCUUUUUCAAGUCAUUUUCUUUCAAGCCACUGAAGAGUGAGGGGAAUAUGUUGUUGUUGGGGCCUUGGUUUUGGGAGGGGUUUUCAAGUUUUCUUGUUUCAUGGUUCAAUAAAGGAAGGUUUGCUGUUAGUAUGUUUCAAGUUCCUUUGAAAAUGCCACUGACGAAGGUGAAUCUUUGUUCAAAAGUUCAAGAGAUUGUGGAGGAUGAGGGGGAGGGGCCUUCUCUUCUGGAUUUGCCUGAGUUGGCUUUGGAAUGCAUUCUCGAGAGGCUUUCACCAGCUGAUUUGUGUAGCAUGGCUGGAGUUUGUAACUCUCUGAGGGAUAGGUGUAGAAGUGAUCAUUUAUGGGAGAAACAUUUGAAGCACAAAUGGGGCAGAGUGAUUUGUGAGGCUGCUUGUAAGGAAUGGCAAUGUCAUAUAGCUUCAAGGAAGAGGCCAAGCUUUUUAGAUCAAAGAAAUCAAAAGGGUUUCUUUGGAUCUCUAAUGGGUAUGUGGCCUUUUUUCUGGUAUAAACCUCAGUGUGAAAGUAGAAACAAGCCCACAACUUGUUUACCAGUUGAUUCAAUCAUGGCUUUAUAUCUCUCUCUUGAAAGUGGCAAGUUUUGGUUUCCAGCGCAGGUCUAUAAUCGUGAGAAUGGACAUGUUGGAUUUAUGUUAUCAUGUUAUGAUGCACAACUUAGCUAUGAUUCCAGGACAGACACCUUUCAGGCAAGGUAUUCUCUUUUUGCACGGCGAACAAUAGAAGAGAGCAUACACUGGGAUAGGCUCAGAGCACCACCAGUUGAAACUCCUGCACAUGUUCUUUAUACUUCUGAUUGUUUGAAUGACUUGAAACCUGGUGAUCACAUUGAGAUCCAGUGGAGGAGAAGCAAAGAAUUCCCUUAUGGUUGGUGGUAUGCUGUUGUGGGGCAUCAGGAAUUAUGUGAUGGGAAUGAAAAUCGCUGCCGUUGCCGAUACAGUGACACAGUAGUACUGGAGUUCAGCCAAUACCCCCCUGGCACUCGAUGGAGACAGACGAUAGUAAACAGGAAGGACCGCAGGGAAGUGGGUAAUGAAGCUGACGGUUUCUAUGGAGGAAUUAGAAAGCUUUACAAGGAGGAAGAGAUAUUAAAAUGGAAGCAGCUAUUGCCAAAUCAAAUCUUCGAUUAGCAUGAUGGACAUUUUCCCUUUCACUUUCAUAACAUACCGACGUAAAUAGCUCCCUUCUUUUCCACACUCUUGAGUUGUGAUUUCGAGAGCCGAAUGCCAUAGAAAUGUUCCUAGAAAGCUGAACAUCACGCUUCAGAGUUUUUGUGAAGCUUGCUGCGGCCUCAGAAUAGUGUAGUCUUGUGUGUAUUGUAAUUUUGUAAGCAAUAUAUAUAUAUAUCCCUAAUGAGUGAGUCUUUGUGUAGGGAAAAGAUAAUCAGUUUUAUUAUUUCAGUUGAUGCAUUUCUGAUGAAACGUGCCUAUAUUUUUAACAGAAAAAAUGCCGUGUUCAAAAUUCAUAUUGUCAUUGGUUA